AUGGCCGACAACACUCCGACCGUGGCCAACGCAAAGUCCCGCCAGAGCGACGUCGAACACGUCGAGCAGGACUUUCACAAGCCUCAUGUCGAAGGCGAGGAUAUUCACCAACAGCAUCCCGAGAUCUACCUCGAAGCUCUCGCACGGUACCCCAACGAUGAAUCGAUCGACCAAGCCGACGAGAAGAGACUUCUCCGGAAGCUUGACAUGCGGAUUCUUCCCUUGCUCGGCAUUUGCUACUUCUUCUACUAUGUCGAUAAGACCACAUUAUCAUAUGCUGCUAUUUUUGGUUUGAAGGACGGCCUCAACCUCAAGGGCGAGGAGUACUCAUGGCUCUCGAGCAGCUUCUACUUCGGCUGGCUCAUCUGGGCCAUCCCCUCCAAUCUCAUCAUGCAGCGCAGCCCGCCCGCAUGGUACUUGUCCUUCAACAUCUUCAUGUGGGGCGCUCUACUCAUGGCGCAAGCUGCUGCGAAAAACUUUGCUGGUCUUCUCUCUCUUCGAGUGCUGUCUGGAGCUUUCGAAGCCAUCGCCGACCCCGCUUUCAUGCUUAUCACCAGCAUGUACUACACUCGUGCUGAGCAGCCCUCGCGUAUUUCGGCCUGGUAUGCCUGGAAUGGCAUCGGCGUUGCUGGAGGUGGUCUUAUUGGCUACGGAAUCGGUCACAUCAAAGGUGCCCUCGAGUCGUGGCGCUACGAAUUCCUUGUCGUCGGAGCUUUCUGCGCUUUCUGGGCCAUCAUCCUUGCCCUCUGCCUUCCGAACUCGCCUCGUACAAUCUGGGGCUUCACCCAUGAAGAGAAGCUGAUCAUGAUCGCCCGCAUGCGCCGCAACCAGACCGGCAUCGAACAGCGUAAGAUCAACUGGGGCCAGAUUAAGGAGGCAUACCUCGACUACAAGACAUGGCUCUUCACCCUGCUCGGAUUCGUCUCGAACGUCCCCAACGGCGGCAUCUCCAACUUUUCAACCCUGGUCAUCAAGGGUCUUGGCUUCGGGACGCUUGAGACGGCGCUGCUUGGCAUCCCGCAGGGCGCUCUGGUGGUGAUCUGGAUCGGGCUUGGUGCCUUGGCAAACAAGUAUAUGCCUGCCAACAGCCGCACACUUGUUUGCGCAAUGUUCAUGCUGCCGACAAUUGGUGGUGCGCUGGGCUUCCUCUUGGCCCCGGCGAACGCUUACGUCGGACGCUUGAUUUGCUUCUACCUGACUGGCUCGUACCAAGCCUCUUUUGUCAUCUCCCUCUCGCUCAUCACCUCAAACACCGGUGGUCAAUCUAAGAAGAUGAUCGUUUCUGGUAUGAUUUGGUUCGGCGCUUGCAUUGGAAACAUCGCCAGCCCCUUCUUCUACAAGACCGACCAGGCUCCCUCAUAUCACCUGGGCAUCGGCUCAUUGCUGGUGGCUAACUGCAUUGAGCUUGCACUUUUCUUCGUGUUCCGGUAUGCCUUCAUCUGGGAGAACAAGCGCAAGGAGAAGCAGCGCGAAGAGUUACGCGCCAGCGGCAAUUACGUUGCGGACGAGCUCAACGCUACCGCUUUCACGGAUUUGACGGACAAGGAGAACCCCAACUUCAUCUACGUCUACUGA